AUGGGUCGAAGAAAAAGUAAACGAAAGCCACCAAGUAAAAAAAAAGCUAUUCAACCAUUAGAUACACAAUUUAAUUGUCCAUUUUGCAAUCACGAAAAAUCAUGCGAGGUUAAAAUGGAUAAGUCAAAAAACACUGCUAGAAUUACUUGCAGAGUCUGUCUGGAGGACUUCCAAACUACAAUCAAUUUACUUUCAGAACCUUUAGAUGUAUAUAAUGAUUGGAUUGAUGCAUGUGAAAAUGCAAACUAA